AUGAAUGCGUUUGCACUCCAUUUCCAUCUGUCUCUGAACACAACUAACACUUCAUUCUCAUCGCAAUCAUUGGAAAGAAGCAGAAAAGUUAAUAAGUGCAAACCGUUUGGCAAUAUAUCCGUGAAGACAUGCAUUUGUCUGACACCAACUCAUCAUAAUUUUUAUACCAAUAAUAAGAAGAAGUCGCGAAAUCGAGUCCCAACUCAACACUUACUUCACUGCCAGUCGAGUUCACUGCCAAAAGACAGAAAAGACAUUUUCCUAUCAACGCCACUACCAGUGCUAUCAGUGCCCGUCACUGCCAUCUACGACAACAGACUCUCUUCUCACGGAUUGAGUGAUUUGUCUACCGAUCAGAUCGACGAGACAGAGACGAGUCGCCGACCCAUUGAGACCCUCUCGUCCCACUCGUGUCACCGACUUUGCCGCUUAUUUGAGUUGAUUGUGUUCGCUAUAUUGCGGUCCUGGAGCUGUCAAAGGGAUUUACUGGAUCAAGGCCACACGAGCCAUCAACCAUGUCCUUUCUCUUCCGUGUAUUGUAAUGGUAAUGUCUAUGCUUAUGAUACUCUCGGCUCAGUUGUGUUGAGCGCUCAAUGUUUGUUUGUAUUUGUUUGUACUGACUGUACUGUGGCCUGUCGGUGCUGUGAUGAUGUGGUCGAUGGUGGUGCGUAUCGUGCCUUAAAAAAUGUGCCUCGGUUUCACGAUCUUAUCGGCGGAAUUCACGUUCCGGUGGACGACGGUGUGGACAAACUGAACCGCAAAUACACACUCUUAGUCUUCCUCUUCCUGGCUCUGCCCAUAUUCACCAAACAGUACAUCGGAGACCCCAUUGAAUGCUUUACGCCCACCUACUUCACCGAACCCCAGGCACGUCCCUUUUCCAGUCCUCUGCCAGUCCUCCAGUACUUGAAUUUCCGGAGCUUUAAGAAUAUCAAUAACAGAAAAUCAGUGAAUAUUUGA